AUGGCGGUAUAUUCAAAUCAGCUGAAUCAAACACAGGACCUCCUUAGUCAGGAAUUGUCGAAACUGGAAAACUGUGGAGAAUCGACAAGGCAGGACCGCUACUCCCUACAUAAAGUUUACUUUGAGAGUUUGAUUGACCAGCACUCAACAUACAGGGAUCUGCUUUCCAGGAUAAAGGCAGAGUAUGAACAUUGUAUAGCUGCAUUAGAGAGAGGUCAGAGAGAGGCAGUGUAUCUGUCAGAAAAGUUAGCGGCAACUUUAAUGGAACAUCAAACAUUUAGGAACAUCAAGGCCCGUGCAGAUGAGUUAGAAUUGAAGGUUACAUUGCUUAGAAUUCAUAAUCAGAGAUUGUCAUCCAGACAGAUCAGAUCAUCCGACCAUCAUUCAUCCAGACAGAACAGAUCAUCCAACCAACGUUAUUCAUCCAGCCUUAUCUCCCCAGGUUCUCUUUCAAGUUGGGAUCACUCGCACACACCACGUUCGCGCUUUUUUCCAAGUCUGACAGUGGAAAAGUUGACAGAUACAGCAUUUCUGACCAAAAAGUUGGCUGACUUGAAAUCGCAAGUUGCGGUGGCGAAGCUCGAAAACGAUACCAAAUUUGUCCCCAAAGUGAUGAAAGGUCAACUUUUCAAUCGUCUCCGCGAAAAAGAGGAAAUCAAAGAUGCCCUUUUGGAAAGACGCGAUGAGCUGAAGAAGAACAUAAUUUCGGUGAAAUUUCGUCUCGCUGUCAGGAGAAAAGGAACCAAAACCACUAAGGCAGGUAAUCAAAGAUCAUCUUAUUUUCGUCAACUUUGCUUAGCGCUGAAGGAGACCCACAGAACAAUGGAGGAAGCAGUUAAGAAGUGUGAGGAGGAGGCGAGAGAAGAAACAAAUGAUAAACAGCAUGUUGAUAAUCCCUCAGAAGGAGUCAGUAGUUUAUCAUUGCGCGUCGAAGGAGAAGAUGACGACCCGACCAAGGACCAAGAAGCAGAGUUCGUACUCGAAUACAUUGAGAACUUUUUCGAGGUUUAUGAGGCGGGAAAAAUAGAGGAUGCUGUCAUGUUGGCUGCACAUUCCCCCAAGGGUGUUUUAAGGUCGAUGGAGACUCUUGCAAAGUUUGAAGAAUACGAUGCAACUCAUACAGGCAGUUCAGUUUUGAUGUCCUACUGGGAAGCUCUUCUUCCAACAGUUAGCACUGGCUGUAAAAAACCAUCUCAGUGGGAAACUUUGGAGUGUGUCAGAUGUGUCUUAGCGAGAGGGAGAACUGAUCUCCUUACUCACUGGAUUGCACAGAAUCAGUUAACUCUCUCUGAAGAGACUGGAAGACUGAUAUCUGAAGCUUGCAGAUGCCCGAACAGUUGUACCUGUGGAUUAACUGGACUUGCUGAAGCUGUGUUCGAAAAUGUUGGUGCUCAUAAAGAGGUCUUGGGUUCUUUGCUCAAGCAAGGACGAUUCCACAAAGCCGUCAACUACUUAGGAGAUAACGAGAACUUAGCUCGGACAGAUUUUAUAGACGCCCUCCAGAAACUGCCACUUACGGACGCCAUGCUAUCUUUCUUGUGCGGUGAUAGCAAUGAAAACUGCCUGUUUUCCAUCAAUGAGGCUGCUGAUCUUUUGGCACAUGUGCUUGUGAACUCAUCCCUCCGUCAUGCUGCCAAUAGAGAGCACGGAGAAGGAAUUGUUCUUUAAGACUAACGUAAAGGACACAAAAAAUUUUUAAAGUAGAUAAUUCAUUAGCAAAUUUCGUCAACGCAUCGGAGAUUAUUUUGCGGAUUACAAACAGUAACUCUGGAACGUUUCUAGUGGUUCUCCCCAGUUUGAAGUGAUCAUUCUUCAUUCGUUUUCAAAUCACACUUUUGCUUCACGAUCCCAUGAAAAUCGUCGAACACUCAAUAAUGUACCCACCGCGUU